CAGGUGCAGAACCUUCACAGUUGUGUCCAGGUGAUAAAUGACUUUGUGUCUCCAGAGCAUGUAUUCCACUCCUUCCACCUGACACAGGAACUGAGAUCCUCCAGAGAAGAGCCCAACUACGAAGAUAAACUACAGGUAAAGAACAUCUUGUUCCACUCUGUGAAGGAUGCAUUGACGUCGCUGAGGAGGUACAGCCAGGAGGAGGAAGAGAAUUCCUGACCCGCAGUCCCCCUGGCUCCUCCCUCUCUGGCUCCUCCCUCUCUGGCUCCUCCCUCUAUGGCUCCUCCCUCUCUGGCUCCUCCCUCUCUGGCGCCUCCCUCUCUGGCGCCUCCCUCUCUGAGACAUCUUCCUUCAGCCUGGAACAGAUAUAUAUAUACACACUGACACUAACUACAACAGCAGAACACACUACAACACACUAGAACUACAUGUUACUGACCAGCAUCACUACCCAGCAUCAGGAUACUGACCACAGCAGCAUCACUACCCAGCAUCAGGAUACUGACCACAGCAGCUUCGCUACCCAGCAUCAGGAUACUGACCACAGCAGCAUCACCACCCAGCAUCAGGAUACUGACCACAGCAGCAUCACCACCCAGCAUCAGGAUACUGACCACAGCAGCAUCACCACCCAGCAUCAGGAUACUGACCACAGCAGCAUCACCACCCAGCAUCAGGAUACUGACCACAGCAGCUUCGCUACCCAGCAUCAGGAUACUGACCACAGCAGCAUCACCACCCAGCAUCAGGAUACUGACCACAGCAGCAUCACCACCCAGCAUCAGGAUACUGACCACAGCAGCAUCGCUACCACAGCAUCAGGAUACUAACCACAGCAGCAUCACUACCCAGCAUCAGGAUACUAACCACAGCAGCAUCGCUACCACAGCAUCAGGAGAACUGAGUUCAGUAGAAUCUGGUCUCACAGCUCUGACUGCUGUUCUGGAACCUUCUGUUCUCUGUUUGUUUAGUUCAUGUUUUUCUUUCAAACUGUUGUAUUUUGUUUCUGUGAAAAUGAUGUAUUUAUUUUAUAGGAGUUGUAAAUGCGAUGAUGUUCUAGAUGAAAUGUAAAUGUGACUUGUACAGUUUGCUAAAUGAUGAGUUGUGAGACGGAUGCCGUUUCCUACAUUGAGACAGUUACUGUGAGAGGAAACAGACUUCAGCUGUCGCCGAGAACUCUGGGAGUCGCUGCUGAAUUCGUCCUCAUGCCAUAUCUUUUAAAAACCAACUGCCAAACUAUUCUAUGACACCGUGUACAGUUGUAUUGUGUAAAAAAAAAGACGAAAUGAAAAAUACACUUCAGCAUUUUAUUAAGAAGUAUUCACUGUAAAAUGGAGACAUUUACACACAAAAAAUAAUUUAUUCAAAUUUUGACGUUUAAACGAUAACAAUUGUGUAAAUAUAUACAUAUAUACAUUCACUGAUGUAUUUUUUAAAACAUGGCUUGCUUCAAUUUGUAAUUUUAAAAGUGCAGGUGUUAUAUGCUUUGUACAUUGAAGUUCAAAGGGGUUUUACAUUUUCCAUUAAAAUGGAUUCAUCAAAAUA